UUCUGUCGCAAGAAUGAAGUAGGAGCAGGGGAGACUUUAAUUUUGGAGUUGAUCGCAAAGCGUGAGCUCAAGUUCUUCUCCAAGACUGAGCCCACUGGAUUUUUGUCUGAAAGUUUGAAUGAAAAGGAACCUAAUCUUGAUGAAGAAGUGUUAAACUCUCAAAGAUUAUCCAAACAAGGUUUUGCUGAUGCUGAGGAAGAACGUGAACCUUCUGGGCAUCCAUCACCUCAACUGGUUCUUCAACCAACGCCUUCUCCCCACGCAAGGGAGAUGAAUCACUUUGAUAAGGACGUAGUGUUAACUAACAACAGGUAA